AUGGGACUACUUACCAUUAUUAAGAAACAAAAGAGAAAAGAUAAAGAAAUCAGGGUUUUGACCUUGGGGCUUGACAAUGCUGGGAAAACCACUAUAAUCAAGCGGAUGCUCAGGCAAGAUAAUUCUUUGAUUGCGCCUACUAUGGGGUUUGAAAUCAAUACUUUGGUCUAUGGUGAUCACAUGUUGAAUAUUUGGGAUAUUGGUGGGCAAACUACAUUGAGGGCCUUUUGGGGAAACUAUUUUGACAAGACGGAUGUGGUGAUUUGGGUUGUAGAUGGGUUGAGUAUUGAGAGGUUAGAUGAAAGUUUUAAGGAAUUAUAUGAGAAAAUUAUCCUACAACAGGAUAGGUUAAUGGGAUUGUAUUUGUGCAUUGUUGUUAACAAGAUAGACUUGAUAGACGGUGAGGCUGAGAGACAAAAGGUAGGAAAAGAGGUGGAGAAAGUGUUGGGAUUAGACGAUAGUAACAAGAUAGAUAGUGAUCACUGGUGCAUAACUUUGGUCAGUGGCAAAACAGGAGAGGGUAUUGACAAUGUGUUGGACUGGAUCGUCACCAGAGACUAUUAA